CAGGUAACUUGAUCUUACUCAGUAUCAAGAUAAUGAAAAGUACUAGAGCUGCUUCACUAUAUUUCAGAUAAAGAAUUUUGCCAACAUGGGAAGUUUACAAACAGACAUUGGGGAAAUAGCUCAUCUUUUGAAACAAGAAAGAUUAUUCUUGGAAGCUGAGAGACAGCAAAUUCGAGUGCUUAAUGAAAGGGUUGCAAAAGCAAUAGAACGCACUUACCAGGCAUCUUGGAUAAGGAGUGAGCAACAAAGGAAUUAUGAUGACUUAGUUCUCCGGUUACAUUCAUCGCCACCUGCAUGCUGCCAGAGGGCUAACUUGCUUAAUCAACUUAAAUUUCUUGAUGGCUACAAAGUACUUGGAUUUAAUGAAUCCCUUUAUGGUGACCUUAUUUCUGGAUUGCGUGAGAACCCUAGACUUAUUGCACAAUGUUUAGUUCUUGGAGAGUGCCAGAAUCAGGAAGCCAUGCAGUUGGCUGCCAGAACUGUAUUCUCUUCCAUUUAUGCAAAUUGCCUUCUUCCAGAUGAUGAAACUUAUGUUCUUAACUUAUUGAAACACUUAAUGGAGUUGCAGCUUGCCACUUCAGACAACCCACGACGACUCUUGAGACAUGGCUCAUGUGCAUUCAGUCAGAUUUAUCGUGCAUAUGUGGAUUCACUACCCCAAGCAAAGGUAUUUCUAACAGCUGCUUUGCAUCAGCCAAUAGCACAGUUGCUGAUGGAGGAUGAGUUGUUUUUAGACAUAGACCCCUCCAAAGCUGCAGUGCGUUUCCCACCUGAAGAACGUUUGAGAAGAUUUGGACAGGAAGGUACUCCAGAAUAUCAUGCUGGGCUUGCCAAGUAUAGAGCAUGGACUAUAGCAAAACUUGUUAAGAUUGCUGAGAGGUUUAUAGAAAGCAUAAAAGAAGCAAUGAAUUGUUUCCCAUCAUCACUUCUGUGGCUGGUUAGAGUUCUUUAUGAUGUGCUUCUAACUGCUAAGUGUGUAGAUGUGAGGGAAGUUAGUGCUAUUUGCAUAGAUUUAGUGUUCCCUCGCUUUAUUUGCCCAGCCCUAGUGACCCCUGAACCUCAUGGAAUCUGUGAUGCUCCCAUUUCUCAUAUUUCAAGAUUUAAUCUCAUGCAGGUUGCUCAGAUACUUCAAGUCUUAGCAAUGAGUCGCUGGGAGACCCCAGACCCCAGAUUAUCAGAUCUGUAUGAUCACUUUGACAAAGAGGUGAUAUCAGGGGUUGUAAAUGGUAUAGUAGCUGGUGGGGGAGCAGAGGUGCCUCCACAAGCAAGUGCUUCUUUGAACAGUCCAUUAAGAGAGAUGGUUAGAUCAUCUUGUCUUAUUCCUGAACCUAGGUUACAUUCACUUCUCUCUUUUUUAUUUAUGGUACUAAAUGAAUUACCUGAAGGUGAACUGACAAGAAAGGACCUAGAGUCAUAUAUUGGAAGACUGAAACCAACCCAGUUAACACCUUCAUCAGCUUCUAUAUCUUCAGCAUCUGUUAUAACCACACCUAACAUACCUAAAAAGAGCUUAUUAGGACGUGUUAAAAGUCAGAGAAUACGAUCAUCAAAAAGUCAGUCGGAAGGUACCACUGAUUCUGACGGAUUAGGUUCAUCACAGGAUUUAACCAGUAGUUCUAGUCAGUUGCCAGGACAGAACAGUCUAGAUGAAGUUGACAACACAACAUCUCCACUGGAUUAUGAUACUGUUUUGGUCAUAUCGCUUAAUGUGCCUAGUCCCCCAGAAUGCCCAGGAUUCAUGUCUGAAGAAAAAGUACUCUCUACUAUGCAAUCAACCAAAACGGCCUCAAGAGUUAGAAUGAAUGUAGAGGAUGAUACCGAAGGAAGUGGUGGGGAAGCAACAAUAGAAAAAAGAACAAGAUUUUCUCUAUCUCAUGACGAAGGAUCUAUAGGCAAUACCUCAGAUAAUUUAGAAGCUAUAAGUGAGGCAGCUAGUAAUCACAGUGUUGCGUCUAGUCUUGAUGAUGUCGAACAGGAAGAUCAGCCUGAUAACUUGUCUGACAUGGUCUCAGCAAAUGUGUCUGGACGUGGGACGCCUAAUGUCUCUGGUCGUGAUACUCCAUCCUCUCAAGUAACUGAAGGGGAAGAAGUUGGGUUGAGGGGUGGAGCAGAGCAUCAACAAGCACCACCCAAUAUACCAGUAACAGUGCCUAAGCCUGCCAGGGCUGAUAUUGAAGAAAAAUUUGGUCGUUUUGAGAUAAAGCCACUUAUAAGUGGUGACGAAACUAUAUCACUGGUAUCUGACACUUGGAGUACAGAUGUCCUUGCUAGUGAUUCUGAAACUAUUGAAGCAGCAGAUCGAGCCGACCGUGGAGAUCAGUUUCAUGAGCAACUGUUAAAUCGCCACUUAGCAGAAUUGGAUAGAAUGCAGGGUGAUUAUUUGAGUGGUGAUGCUGCAGGAGAGACCUUUGAAACUGCAUCUGAAGCGUGGAGCACUGAUGUUUUGGCGUCUGACUCUGAACGCAUGACAGAAUUUGACACUGACGAUGCCCAGAGCGUAGCUCGUUCAGAUGACACGGGACGGUCAGAGGUGGAGGUAGAACUUGGUGGCGAUCUACUCAGACCAGAUCCUGUACACCAGCAGGAAGAAAAUGUUACACCUCGAGCUCAGGGAUCAAGAUCUCCAGUAGAUGCUGCUUGUGCAGGUGGUGGUGGCGGCAUAUUGAAGCCAAUGCCUGUAAUCCCAGGAACUAUGGGAAUUGGUGCUAGUAGCAAUACCAUUAGUGGUAUAUUGAAACCCAUACCUGUUAUGCAAAACAGGGUAAGUGGCUCUGCAACUCCACCUAGGGUUGAAUUCCAGCCUAUCCAUUCUUCCGAGGCAGAUUCUUCACUCAUAGACGGAAUAGAUGGAGAAGUUCAGGAAGCAAUGUCACAGCUUGAGCAGGAAAUUGCUUCAGCAACGCAGUCCUUGGGACGACUGAGUUUAAAUCUCUCAACCUUACCCAACAAUGGCAUAGUGUGUGGUGAACAGCACCUCCUUCUGAAUACGUUUAUAAAUAGUGAAGGGGCUCACAGUAAUUCAGGUGCUCCUCUUAUAGAUCUUGGAAGUAGUGGUGAGAGUGGGCAUAUUGAACCAUCAGGUAGUGUUGUGGUUGUUCAUCCUCAGCACAAGUUGAUAUCUAGUGACCGGGGAUCGGGUGAAGACAGUAGUUUACAUUUAAGUACUACUAGUCUUGCUUCUUCCAGCAGUUCAGGUUCUGAUGGUGUGGGAGGAUCAGGAAAAGUGCGAUCCAUAUCUAAUGCAAGCUCUGGACCUACUACAGACUCGAUAGAUACCCCAGAACCAACUCCAGCACUCAAUAUGGCAGCCACUGGAGCUAUACCCAAAAGUAUAAGUUUUGAUAAAACUGCUGAAAGAGGUGAUCGGGAUUCUCUAGAUGGUGAUGCUAAGCAUAAAAGAGGUUUUUUCAAGAAUUUCAAACUCCCAGGCUUCAAAGGAAGACGAAAGCCAGGGAGUCGUUCUGGUGAUGACACGACUUUCAUACGGGUAGGGAUUCCUGGCCAGGAUACAAAUGUGAGGAGAUCUCUUUCAGAAGAUAGCCGUCCUCCGACCAUUGAAGAAACAAGUGAUGACAUCAUUGCAAAGUACCGUAAUAAAAAGCCAGAGAUUGAUGCCUCAGAGACUGAUACAGCCAUCACAGCAGAGCACCUAACCCUUAAUGAAAUACCAAAGACCGAAGAAGACGAAAGAUUAUAUAUUGAUCCUAACAAUAUUGAAGCUAGCUAUGCCUUCACUGAUGCAAAGCGCAAGUUGAGACUUGUGUUGAGCAUCGCCGAUUUUUCCAUGUCGCCUUAUCUCUCAGAAUUUGGAAGUCCCUUUGGAACAGACAAUACAAGCCUAGAAACUGAUGUGUUAACUUGGUUAAGAUGUCAUCUGGCUGAAGCAACCAACCUACAUGAUCGUUCUUUAGUUACACAGUUGCAUGAAACUAUACGAUGUGUGCAACUUUUUGAUGCUCAGGGCAGAGAACAACUAGUUAGAAGUCUCAUAGAUGACUACCGUAGUAGAUCACCUUAUGUGGCUUAUCUUGUUCGCAGUCGUCAAGGGUUACUAACAACUAUUGCACACCUAGAGAAGUUGUUAGCACGAAUAAAUGCAGAUACAGAAGUUAUAAUAUCAUCCAUAGUUGGAGUAUGUUUACGGAUGUUUUUAGAAAGAAGAGAGGAAAUUAUAAGCCAAUUCACCCAUAAGUUUGCAUUGAUCACAGAUCCAGAUGAAAAAGUCCAGUUAGUGGAGAACCUUUUGGGUCAACUUUAUUCUGAAUUGGAACGUGAUCCUAUGUGGAUAAGUAGUACAAAUGAGCAGCUUGAAGCAGCCCAGUUAGCUCUGGAGAGGGUUAUUAUGUCACACAUCUACAUACAUGCCUUGUACCCAAAUGGAGAUGGUGAUGUUUCAAGAGACCAGGUUCUUCAUGAACACAUGAAGAAACUGUCUGCUGUGGUCACACCAGCGCAUAAAGAUCUUAGAAUACCAAAGCUGUACCAGUAUGAAUGCCCCUGGCCUAGUGCACAGGCUGAAAUAGUCUGCAUCAAUGCAUAUAAGACAGCUAGAGAUAAAUUGCAGUGUGUGGUUCGGGCAUCGCAGACUAUCAUGAAUUUACUACGUCUGGCACAUGAUCACUCAGUUCCAGCAGCAGAUGACUUCAUACCUGUGUUAGUGUAUGUGCUUAUUAUGGCUAACCCACCUGCUCUCCUGUCCACGGUACAGUAUGUCAACCUCUUCUAUGAGCAACGCCUUAAAGGAGAGGAUCAGUAUUGGUGGACGCAGUUUUGCUCAGCCAUUGAGUUUAUCAAGACUAUGGAUUACAUGCCUUGAUAAACAACAUUUGCAUAAAGGAAAAGAGAAGGGUCUUAUUGUUGCGUAAUAAUGUGCCAUUAUGCGAACCUACAGGGCCUGCUUUAAUCUGUGAAAAGCAGAUUUCUAGAAAAUUUUAAUUUAUUUAAUUUUUCCUAACUGUAUCUGAGUUGUGUUGAAGCUUUUCUUUGUAGAAGCUUUCUUUUAUAAAAAUUACCAAAGAAAUGAAGCACAAAGUUCAAUAUUUUUUCUUUCUGUUUUACUUUUUGUUUCUUGUAUUGCUUUUUAUUUUGUCUUAUUUUUGGAAGAUUGUCUAUGUCUUCCAGGUGUUACAAAAGUGAUUAGCAUAAUCAUAGUGUGAAGGGAUAUGUCCUUUGUUGCAAACUUAUGAAGUGCAUAUAUAUUGUUAUAAAUUGUUAAGAAAAAAUCCAGAAUGUAAAUUGUGUGUACUUUGACGCAGUAUUUUUGCAGGUAUUUUGAGACAUUUGUAAUUGCAUUUACUAUGUUAAGCACUGGAUAUUCUGAUUACUACCUAGUUCAUUAGCAACUCACAUUUUGAGAAAUUCAGUGAGCUUCAUCAUGGGAAGAGUUCUAAUGUCCUAACUUUUUUUAAAAUAAAUUUAUGCAUACAAAGAACUAAAUAUUUCAUAACAGUACAUGGGAAUUAUUGGCAUGAAUGAUGAUUUGUUUUAUCGUUAAGCUUUGAUGAAACUGAUGGAAAAUAUUUGAUAUGAUAUGCAAUAAGGGAUUAAGAAUCCUGUUAACACAUUUAUAUAGUGUAGUUUGUUGAUAUUAUCCUAAGUGUCCGUUUAACCACAGUACGAUAGUAUUCAUUAUAAUUUAAAAUGGUCUUUGAUAUAUAUAUAUAUAAAGCUGUAUAUGAUAUAUUUACAUUUAUCUCCUAGCUGAUGCAUGGCUUUUAUUUACUUGACAUCUUAGGGAUCUAUUUGAUAAGAAAGUGCAUUAUUUUCUAUGGAAUAUUGAUAGAAAAUUCAAUAAAGAUCCUUUUUUCAUAUGCCCUUAGAGUUUUAUAUAAUAUAACAAAAAUAUGAAUUGAAGUCUGUUUUAAUUGCAUUUCAGAGGCAGUUGGCCUUGUCUCAGAUUAUUGUAUUGAUGAACUUUUUGCCAUUUAUAACAAGGACAGUAUAUGGAAUGAAACAUAACGCUGGCAAUUCUCUUACAAGAGUUGAAAUAGUUUGAGAUGGUUAUAAUGAUGAAAUUGCACUGGCACUAUAGCUGCAAAUGACUAAUGCAUGAAACAAUGUCUUUCAUGAAAAUUUAAUGCUCCCAAAGGUUUCAUUCUGCAUAUCUAUCCUUGAACAGAGGCAAAUUUGCUGCAUUAGCAAAGUUUCUUUCAGCUAUUUCUAAUGAUCUUCCAAAGAAAAUUUUCAGUCCCAUCUUUUCUUCUUUAUUUACUGUGAAAUCAUCCAUAUCAAACCAAAAACAUUUACUUUUUUACACCUCAGUAUAAUAAAGUAUAUUUAUAUUAUUAUGUAGAGAUUACUUUAGACAUAUAGAUACUGGUAGUAAGGUAAGUGAGGUCUUACUUUCUGGAGUUAGGUAUUUCAUUUUCAUUUUGGUGUUACAGUUUCACUGCAUGCAAUUGGCUGUGAAUUGAGUUUAUCUGUGAUGUUGUGGAAUUUUGUGUUUUAUCAGGUAAAAUUUACUUUGGAUUCCCUAAUUCAUGCAACUUGUGAUACAACAUUUGAUCACUUGGUAUUGCACUCACUGUUUUACCUGAAGUAUGCAUGUUGUAAGACUACAAUUUGUUAACGUGUUUCUUGCUAUUUCAAAGUAACUGAUCAGAUAUUCUGAAAUAUAACUUAAACAGCAAUAUAUCUUUUUUUUCUGCUAAAUUAGAAAACUGCUCAAAUGCCAGGCUGUUUCUUUAUUGAAAGUUGAAUAAUCAUUACAUGGUUCAAUGCCUUCAUUUUUCUAUACUACUACAGUUAAAGGUACGUACAGUCUAAAGCAAGAUACAGCAUGUUCUGUGGCAUGAUGCCUGGUGCAUUGUCUUUGAACUCAAGAGUGUGAAAUUGCUCAAAAAUUAUAUAUAGACAUUUUCACUCGCCAAAUGUUGGUAGUCAUUCCAAGAUUCACAUUGCUUCCUCACUGAAACCAGUAAUUCAUAUGUGAUAGAUUUGAAAAAGAAAUUAUUUUGUUAUUGGUAUGUAAUCUUUAUGAAAAGAUUAAUAACAAUUGAUAACUGUAAAUUACAUAAGUAAAACAGUAUAUUUUUUACUCCUCAGAAAAUAUUUUUGUGAUCUGAUAUGCCCUCCUGAUAAGUAAGACCUCAUUGCAAUAAAUAAUUCAAAAUGUAAAGCAAAAGAAAAAAAAUUGUAAGAUUACCAAAUAUUACUUUUUGAGAUGGGGGAUGGAAUUGAAACUAUAGAUAUAUGCAUUACAGCUGAAUGUUGAAUUUGCUCAGUUUCACGUCAAGAAAACCAAGAUAUACCUCUUAACAUAGUUUUUUCCUUGUCAUUUUCGUUACAUAAUCAAGGGUGAAUUGACAGCGUAUUGUCGUACAUCAUUCUUCAUACUUUGUCUUAGCAUUUCUUCUUCCUGUUGUGUACAGACAAGAAUCUAGCUUGUGGUUCUUACUGGUAUUUUUCAGCAGUUCAUACCACUUAAUUGGCUGUUUCUCAAUAGAGUAAAUUUUAUCCAAAACAGCACAUUGCUCAUGUUGAUAUUGUAUUUAAUAGAUUUGUAAGGAGAACGAUGCAUUGAUGUUAUGAUAUGCUAGAUAUGUGCAUCACUUUAUGCUGUAGUGCAUGUUCAUCAUGACUUGAAACUGUUGAACAGUGUGAUCAAUAUGUUUUCACUGUUGCCCUCCUUUUUUUAUGAUAUGGCAUUUGUGUCUCCUCUUACAAAAGCCAUUCUGUGUUAUUUGGCUUUAGGAAACUGUGAACCCUCUUUCAUUAUAAAUAUGUCAAGAUAUGAUAUUGGCUUUGGUUUCUUGGACUCAUAAUUACUUUGUGCAAAUGGUGAUACAAGUAAAAGGGAGCAUAAGAAUGAAAACUUGAUUGAUCUUUGAGCAUUUUUUGUUCAUUAUAGAUAACAGUUUUUGCUCAGUUUUUGUAAAUAUCACAGCAAAUAACUGAUACUCUACUUUUUAUUCAUUGUACUUUUAUCCAUUGUUUGCUUACAUUCAUUCGUUUAAUUUUAGUCUAUUUAUUCUUCUACAGUUGGCAAAUAUGAUGAACCCCUGCCCUUACAGAUUGGUCAUUCAAAAAAUUCUCUGUCAUUGAACUUUUCAUUAAUUUUUAAACUUAACGAAGGUGUUUUAAGAAGUAUUGGCUCUUUUUAUUUAUCAGGUAAAUGUCUACUGGAGUUUAAAAUAUAGUAGUUCUGUGUAGCAUAAAAAGAGGUAUGGAGAGAGAAGGGCUGUAUGAUCCGAGAGAAUUUAGAUCUGUCCACAUAAUGGCAGACCUCAUAUUUCACUUGUGCUAUACUGCCUGGAGCAGUUCAAUGUUAGCUGAGAAUAGAGUCAUCAUCAGAUGAAAGUCAUAGUAAAUAUUUAAUUUAGGUGAGUUUAACUAAAAUGAACCCUUGCACUUAUGGCUCGGUACAUGGGCCAUUUUGUAGCAAACAUUGAUUAUUGCUCUGUUAUUAGCAGUAUAUGCAGAGAAUAGAUAUGACAUUUGAAUAUUUUAAUCGCAUACACUAGCUUCUUGAAAACAGACCAAAUUUUUUUGUUUGUUGGGCUAGUAUGGUACCAGUUUUUUUAGUGCAUUUUACUUUUUGUGAACCCUAGUUACUAUUCGGGUAGAUUUAUUUUUCCUUAUUUAUUUUGACAUGCAGCUUUUUUUCAUUCAGGUUUUUGGCAAUUACUGAAGCUGAUUCUGAGGCUGUUGCAAUAAUUUCUUCCACCUUGUAUGUAAAGAUGUAAAGGCCAUUAUGGCAGAGUGAUAAGCAUUGCUGUUAGGGGCAAGUAAAGAUGGUAAGAAACUCCCAAGGUGGCUGAGAUGACCAAGUGUGACCUUGAGGAGACAACCUUCCGUGGUGGUGUUCAGUUUAGAGCAGUUUUCCAUGGGAUCACUAGGUCAGGAAAACAGUACACUGCCACAGAACCUGAGAUAUGGAUGUUCAAGGCACAGUUGACAAGUACAAAUGACCGACAUUGUAGAUGUCAUAAGGACAUUAAAUACUUCACCCAGGUACAAUCUUACAAUUGGCUCAACAAUGUAAAUGGAUUCAGUGACAGGGACAUUGUAACCUGGGGGACAAAAAGAACACUGAUGUAACAGUGUUGUUUGCGAACCUUACUUGUUUUAUUACAAGCAUCAUUGACGUACCUUGCAUAAUCUCAGUGCACUGUUAGAAGAAGACUCAAUAUCCAUGAAAUAGCAGUUUUUCUUGUGGAUAUGAGUUGUAGUCACCAUUAUAUAUUAUAUCAUAUAGGAUAUAUGUAAUGGUGACUGCAAUUCAUAUCCACAAGAAAAACUGCUAUUUCAUCUAUAUGUAACAGAUUAUUCACUACUAACAGGUACAACCAAUUGCUGUUAUAACAUCACACAAAACUUACCUCACAGGAACCACAUUGGAUGAAAGAAGUAGUCAUAUACUCAUCACUUCCUACAGUGACAGCUAUAAUUAUCAUUAACAGCCUGUAAGCAAGUUUGAGUUACGUACUUGACAGUGUUCUUCAGACAAUGCAAAAAAGCUCAUAGACCAAGCAGGGUGGGAAUAUAUCUGGAUGACAUAUGCCCACUGAGCCUUGAUUAUUUCUGUAUUAAAUACUCUGGGUUGCAGUGAUUAUUCAGUCUGAAAUCCCCCUUUUUUUGGUUCACAUAGAAAAGAAAUUUUAAUAAGAUUGGAAUACUUGUUGAACAAGAAUUGUGUCAACCAGAACCAUAUACGUAUUACCAUUACUUUGUUCAGCAAGACAGAAACUAGUUCUUAUAUAAUCAUGAGUACCUAGUGUUGUUAGCCCUUAGGGAUCUGCUUCCAUGAACACACAGCAAAAGUCAUACCAAGGCUAUAUAUCCAGGUAAAGGUUUUCCUUGUAGAGAACACAAAUGCUGAAUUGCAUUAUGUGGAGAGUUGCAAGAUGAUUGUUCAUGAAUAUGAAGCAGCUGUGUUUGCAGCUAUUAAUGUACAUAUCAGGAAGAAAGUAUUGUAAUUUGUAUCUGAGUCAUUGCUUCUGGAACAACUCCAUUGGAAGAGGUUUAGCCUUUUGUAUAUCUCAGGAAGUUCACAGAAACAUAGCAUUUGUCUGAUGUGAAGUCUUGGGAGUAUAUACCUAAUUAACGUACAGGCUAUUACAGCAUGCUCAUUGAAAUGAAGCCAACAUUGGAGACAAAACCAGAUGAAGAUGAUUUGUCUACUGAAUUCUCUAACAUCCAAAUGGAAAUGUACACCACAUCCAAUAUGAGUCUUAAAAAUGAUUAGUCCAUAUGAUUCAUUAGUAUACUUGGUAAACAAGUCUUCAUUCUUAAUGCUAUUUGGCAUAUAAUCUUAAAAAGUGUUUUAAGAUGAUAUGCCUGAUUGAUUCUUCAGAAUCUUGUUAUUAAAACUGACAGAAAGAGGAAGGGACACUUCUUUUAGCACAUUUAGGAAAUUUGAUAUUAGCAGAGGUUAGAGAUCAUAUUUCAGCUUAAUUUUGCCACCAAACAAAUUCUGCUAGAGUUGCAGAAAUAAGUUUCUUAUUUUAUGAAACCAAAUGGUAGAUCAUGAGUAUAUUUAUCCAUUGGGUUUAUGUAAGGUCAGCUUGCUUUUCAGAAUAUGGAAUUUCUAUUUUAACCAUUCUGUAUUAAUUUUUGAACACUUAACCUGAUGUUGGAUCAGUUAAUCUUUGAUAAGGUGAGUUACCUUGGAAAACUAUGCAAACCCUAGAAACCUAAAAGUGAUGUAGGGCUAACAGCAUGAAGAAUUAAUUCCUGUGAAAGAAGUGCUUCCUUACGGAACAUAUGAGACAUGGUACAUUAGGCAUGAAGUGUCUCUUUGUAGAUUCUUCACCAUUAGGAUCCAUGUGGUGAACAUUUAUUGGAAACAACCAACACUGACCUGCAUGAGUAACUGGUAAACAAACUCCAUGUUGUGAUCAUUACCUUGCAAUUCUCUCCUUAGCAAGAUUUGGCUAUCCAGGGUAUUUUAAGGACUGUAUACUGCUUCAGUAUACUUGUGUUUUGUAUUACCAAAUGGUGAAGACAUGGACUAAUGUUUGUAGAUUAUCAGCAUUCCAAAUGAGUAACUGGAAUUUUGGAUUUACAACCUCUGUUAUACCAAUGUCUAUUCAAGGUUGUUUUUUUACUUUUUCAGGGAAUGCAUGACAAAUAGCUGUCUUAGUAACCAUCAUAAAUAUAAUAAUCAAACUAUUAAACCACUUGUGAUGUGGCAGUAAUGUGUAUAGGGUUAAAAGUAUGUUUCACUUCAUGAUGCCCUUUAUCUGUGUUGGAAAGUUGUUAAAAAUACACCAAGAGAAGCAGUUGUAGAAAUAUUAAUGUACCAACAUGUCUAUCAUAUUUUUCCCAUUUUUACAAUUGUCCUUUUAUCUUAAUGGGAAAGUUAUUCAGCUUCAUCCUUGUCAAACCAUAAAUUUAGCCUGUCAACAUUCUAAGUACGGUAUUUGUAAAUAAUUGUGUUCAAUGUGUUUUUAGAACAGUUUAUUGUAAGUGGUUAUGAUGAAGAAAAGGGCUCUGUAAUUUAAGAGUAACUGAGAAAUGGGAGUAACAUCAUCCAACCCCCUUUGCUUAGUCUAAGACUAUCAUGCAAAGGCAAAACCAACCGUGAAUUUAUCUUGGUAGAUUAAACUACCAAUACUUUGUAUUGGUAAUAAUCUUGAUAACUGUAAUUUUGUUUUUGUACAAGUAACUUACCCAGCAGAUAUAUACUUAGCUAUAGACUCGGUCGUCCAUAGCUAAGUAUAUAUCUGCCAGGUAAGUAUGUACAAAACUUUAUUGUAUCUUAACAAUAUCAUUUUUGAAUAUUUAUUUUGAAUAUUUGAUUAAUAAUCCCAAACAUUUUACUCAUACAGUAAACUACUUUUUCACCAUAAUAUUUUUUUAUGUGAAAAUAUGUAAACUAGAUAUGAAACCAUAAAAACCAGUGCAUAUGUAAACACAAAAAUAGUUAGAUUAAAAAAUGGUGGGUUAACUUGGAAGGAUAUCAUCAUUCUUUAGUAAUUUAAUCAAUUUCCUCUUGUUAUUUGAGGUUUGGCAAAUAUACUACUGUUAACAUAAUUGAAAUUUUAAGAAUUGCAGCUUUUUUCCACUUCUUAGUAGAUUUUGUUUCUUUCCUUAAGGAAAGUUUGUUUUUCACAAAAUCUUUCCUCUUAAACCAUGGUCAUAUUUCCUGUUUUCUUCUAAUUGUUACAUAAAAACAGGAAACUUUGGGUACAACAACAAUUUUAAUGUUACUUUGAAGUAGUACUAUCCAUAUCUAAAUAUUUUUUCAAGAAGUAUUUAGUGCCUUAGGCAUUUUGAUAUAAAAAAAAUUUCAUUACUACAGUUUACCAGUACUGUACUAUUCUUCAAUAUAUUGGAGAUAGUAUUUAUUGUAUAUUCUUGUAAUGUUUCACAGUAUUUUACUUUAAACUCUUAUGUUUUUAUGCUUCAUUUGUUUCAUUUUGCUAUUCAUUCAUCAAGUUGAUUGAAUGCUACACAGUCUGCUUUGUCUCAGAUUUCUGGGAGACAGUAGGUUAUGUUUCUUCAAAGUAUGACACUCCUCUAAAAAGUUAAGCAUGCCGUAAUUUAUUAACUGAUGGGCAGAUAGCAUGGGUCAGGACAUAAGAUAAUUAGGAUUUUGGGCGAGUGUCUGAUGAAUUUCAUCAAUCAGUGAGUUUCUACAUAAACAUCAGAGCUUUUUAUAUAUAAUUUGGAAUAUCUCACUUACUAUACUCCAAAUUAGUGUGGUUAGUAGCCAUAGAGUAAUCUAAUGGAGACUUUUCCUUGAAAAGUUAGUUUGAAUGUCAUUAUUACCAUUGGUCUUUGGAUUUUUUAGCGUUUUGAAGGACUAAUCAAGACAAGUGAUGCAGUAGUUAGAAGAUAGAUGAGACAUCUUUUGUGGGAGCCUCUGUUCCAUCUGUUCCUUCUGCUGAAAGCUUUGACAUACUGACUUGUUUUGGAUUGUAGCUGUUAUGUAUUUAGUGUUUUUCUCAUAACCUUUUCUGUUUUCACUGUUUGUAACAUUGAUACAGCAGUGGUAUACUUGAGUUUCUUGUUAUGGCAUGAUCAUGAUUCCUUCAGGAAGGUUAUGGGUAGCCAUCAUUUCUCAGUCAGGUAAAGCCAAGUGCCUUUUAAGAUAGAUGGAUGAAGAUGAAACCAUUGAUAUAGUACUGUACUGGGAUAUUGAACAAGCUGAAUGAAUUUGACAGGUGAAUCUAGAAGGCAUUUUUUCAUCAGCCACAGACUCAUCAUCAACAACUAGAAUGAGCAAAAAUAAUCCACAGAAGAACCAGUUGAUAAUCAGUGGUUUCUGAAGAAACCUGCCAACUUUAGGUUAAAAGAGCUUAGGCACCUUUUAAGUACCAUGCUGCUGUUACUGUAUUUAGGCUUUUAGGGUAAAGCUUUUUUACAGAUGAUAUCCAUUAAGAAUGGAGUAUUGUGAUCUCCAUCAACAGGUUUUAAGAAGCAUGUAGUAGUUCGUGGAAUAGAAGCUACCCCUAAAAAUCCAUAAGAAGCAUAAUGCAAAUAAUGAUACUAAGACUGUAUAAUAAAGUGGUGCAGUUCUAUACAGUGACUGGCUCUAAUUCCUCAGAAGAUAUAAGGAAGCUGAGACCAAGACUUACAUGUCAACCCAAAUAAUCAGUUCAUUGAAUUGUUACCUCACUUUAAGGAGAGUAAUAAAUAACCACAGAUGUUUGUAAUAUUCAGUAACUGUAAGUGUUAUAGAAUUCCUUGAAAACUUGUCCUCAGAUUCAGUCAGCAAAGAAAGUCAAAUUUUGAGAACAAAUUGGUAAAUAUUUCACAAUAGUAAUCACGUGCAGUUUAUGCUAGUGCAAAUAAGGAAGGUAUAAAUGUUGAAACAUGCUGGAUCUUUGCUUAUUGGGACAUUAAAUGAAAGAUUCUAAUAAGGUCUCCAAAGCUUCAUCUGUUAUGACCAGAUCACCUAUAGAAAUUGUUUUUAGUGAUAAACAUAUCUGAGACCCAUCAUUGUCAUGUAAAAGACUUUGUGAAAUAGAUAUGGUAAUAAGACUAUCAAAUCCAUUGUUGGAUUGUGACAUUUUUCUUACCCAGAAGUGUCUCAUGGUAGCAAUGUUAUCUUGUCUUGGAAUGGUCUCACUUGUUUGACCAACAGAUAUUUGGUGAAAAGCUCUUGUCAUCCAACCCUGUAUUCAUAAAUUACAGUUCAAGACUAACCAUUAACUAUAAUAUAUGUGAAUAUAUAGACUUCACCCAAUACCCAGUCAAGUUUUACAAAUAAAUUAGGUAAAUAUUUUCAAAAACUUCAGCAAUUGUUUCUCAGCAGAAAAAUGUGCAGUAGAUCAGCCAUUUAAAAUUGUUGAAGGUAUAUCUUUUUAGAAAUUUGUGAAUUUCAGCAACUCAGAAGCACUAAGGAAACUGUUCAGAAUUAUAAAAGGAAAAAUAUCCUUGCCCAGCAGAUAAAAUUUUUACUUCAUAAAUUAUGCAAAGAUGAUAAAAAUGUAUAGAAAUAUGAUGGAUCCCUGGCCAUGUUGAUAUUGAAGGAAAUGAAAAUUCAAUAAAGCAGCUAGAACUACUAUAAUUUCACACACAUAUUUAAGUUAGUGAUUAUAUGACAUCUAUAAAACCCAUUUAUAAUCGGUAAAUGGCAGGAUAUAUGGAACAAUUAACACAAUAGUCACAAUUUAAAACACAUUGCACCUAGUGGUGGAAUAUGAAUUCAAUCAUAGCAAAAGGACAGAUACACACAAGUAACUUUGACACAGCUUUAGAAUUGAUCACUCAUUUAACUCAUGAAUGUUUGAUGAAGAGCCCAAAUGAUCCAGUCACUACAUAUAUGUAUACUUACAGAGUGUAGAAGAACAGUAACACUUAAAUAUUUUUUCUCCUUUUUUUCUUGAGGAAAUUUUGUCAAAAUAUCCAACAUUUUCAAUUAGCCAAGUUAUUAAGUUAUUAAGGACCUGUAAUUUAAUAAAUAAAAGACAAGUCCUUCAGGCCAACCCUGUGAAAGCUAACUAAAUUAGGUCAUUGGUCUGAUUAAACUCCUCUAUUAUAUCUAUUUAUUAGGUUUUGAAGAAGUGAAAUCUAUGAAAUAGAAUAUAUUUAAUAGAAUUUGUACAAGAGAAAAGUUUUUUUUAUUCAUUGAUGUAAUUAAACUACCUUAUGAUUAUAACCCAAGGUUUGACAAGGAUCAUCCAGUACACCAAAAAGGAUGAGGAGAAAGUGACUGUAGCAUAGGACUUGUCAUCUGCAGAAUAUACAGGUGUUUGGAGAAGCAUUUUACUACCCUGUGGUAAUAUUUACUUUCUGAAUUUGGUACACAAUACCCUUUUUAGCAGAUCUAACCCACUUUGUUAUCAGUAAAUGUUCUCCAGAGCUCUAAUAAUAGUUUUGGGUUGUCAACUUCCUUGAUGAUCUUCCUUGUUCGAGCUAUCUGUAUAUCACAUCUAAUUAGAGUUGUAGGUGUUUCUGUUAUUUUUAAAUGUAAUGUCUUUUGCUCAAAUUGUUAAGACAAAUUGAGUUAUUAGCUAUGUUUUGCUGUAUUUUAUCUGUGGAAUAUGACUGCAGUAUCAAGAGGUUUGUUACUUCCCUUUGCCCGCUCAUUCAGCUUAUUCGGCCUUAGCACUGAAUUUUGACACUAACACAAUAAUUGUGCAACCAGCUACUCUCAUCACCUACUACUUUGAUGAGUUUAGUUUAUAUAUGACUCAUUUAUUGUCACUUUAAGUCAGGAGACCAUAGUUCCAAAGUUUUAGAAAAAAAUUGUCUCGCACGAAGAUUUGAAAGGAAUGAGCAAAGUCAUGACCACAAGUGUAAAAGCAUAUCGCAGGAAUCCAGCUCCAGCAGAGUAGUGAUUUCAAAGUAAAUUAUAAUUGUAGCUCAACAGAUCAGAAGUAAAUGUUUAAACUCCUAAAUUUUUUCUUGGCUACUAAGUACGAGGUUUGUAACUUUUGUGAAAAAAUGAAUUUUUAAGAAUUUUUUUUUUCAUUCAUACAAGUUAUAAUAAAGGCUAAGAAGCUUUCUUCAUGUUUCUUGACAGUGAGUUAUCACCAGUCUUUAGGUAGAGUCAAGAAGUAAAAACUUUCAGCUUUUAAGUUAGGGAUGUCCUUAGCAGGCGAGGUCUCCCUCAUCUUCCAACUAUUACCACUCAUUAUGACCAGCACUAGUAGAUUAUUUGCACCCUCUUUGGUGGAAAGUCUAUAGUGUAAGAGAUUUUUAUCAAUGGAGCAAAAGCUGUUAAUUAUUUUCCCUUAUAGAACUGUUGGAAGACUCGGGAAAUUUGUGGUUCAUAUUUAAACGAAAUGGAAAAUGACAGGCUUGUGCAGUAAUUUCUGUUCAGUGUACAGUCCUUUGUAGCUCCUCAUUUUUUUUUUUUAUACAUUAUAUUUUUUUGGGGCGGGGAAGUUUUGGGCUAAGUACCUUUUCUGAAUUAAGUUUUUGCACUGUAUUACAAGGUCUUGUGCCCCAUAUAAGUUUUAGGACAAAUCUUCAUACUAUUGUUUUUUUAUAUUUCCUAACUUUCUAAAUGAAUUUAACUGGUGAAAAAUAUUUGGGUUUGUGUUUACUACAAAUUGAACAGGGAUUAAUGUUUCCUUGGGUUGUAGAUUCUUCAUUUAACUCUGUCUAUAUUGUGUCGUAAAUUUUUGUUGUUGUUGUUGAUUCUCCAGGAGCCACUUAAAUAGUAAAUUAGUCAUAAGCAGAGAUUGGAACUUGGCUGUAUUUUUGCAUAAUAAUUUAUUGCUAAGAAGGAUAAAUUUUUUGGGCAAAUUUUUAUAUUAGUGUGCCAGUCAUAAAGGCUUCGUUUGGAAAGAUUUGUACAGUACUAUUAACAGAAAAACCAAAUGGGAUAUUGAUUAGUUGUAAGGCAUUGAUAUUGCUCAAAAAAUAAUUUUUUUUGCUGUAUAGGAUUCCAUCUACAGAGGGACCUCAUGUUGCAUGGUACUGCAGUUGAGUGCCAGUUCUUUGAAUUUCAGGAAUUGAGUCUCAUAGUUUUUCUAUUUGAAAUUUCUGAAUUAGCAAAUUUCAGCUUUUGACAUUUGCAUAUAGAAUCAAGUUGUAUUUUUCCUGGGUUAAGAUAGUUCUGAGGGAGUGUUUAAAAUAGUUUGGUGUAAGGCAGAUUUCAUUGAGUUGAUCUUACUAGGCAUUUUUAUAAGUUUGAUUUGAUUAAUAAGUGAUUGAUGCUAUACAUAUUAGAAUAGUAUUUUGAUGAUAUAUUAGGAUAGUAUGUAGUUUUAUGGUAUUGUAAAUCUGCAUUGGCAUCCACAUGUUCCUUUGAUUUUAGCUUUAAUUUAGUUUGCUAGAUUACACUAUUGGAUAGAAGUUAGAUUGCACAGGGAACUGGAUUUAGUGAAUAACUUCUUGUUGGAGCUUUAAGUGCAAAAUGCCUCUACUGUAUUUUUUUAUGAUUUCAGUACACUUAUGGUGAUUAUAUUGAAAUUGGUGAAAAGAUUGGAUUAUGCAUUAGAGUACAUUUAACUAUUUUUUUUUUCAUUUUUUCUCUCUUAAAAUAGUCAAUUCAUAAAAAUGUAUCAAUAAUAUAAUUAACUGUUUACACCAGAGAUAGCAUAGCUUGCAGGAGUGGGAGGAAAAUAAAUGUACUUAUAAAUUUAUGACAGUAUUUGUUGGUUACUAAUAGAAUGUGUUUGCUUGCAUGUAUGUUUUUUUAAAUAAUUACAUAUAAAUCAAUUCAAGGAAAAGGUUGCAGAGUACGGAAAUGUCAUCAAUAACUCUUGCCAAUAAGAUAAAACUACAUAUUGCUUAGGGUUAUUCAUGUCAAUUAGUCACUGGUUUUUACUGUUUCAGUUUUGUAGUAACUAGCUCCUGCUUCUAGAAAUAGCUCUCAUGGAUAGAUUUAUGAGUUGUAGUUGAGAUAUGAUAUAUAUGAUGGGUGUUUGUCUUAAAAUUUGUUUAGAUUUUGUCCUUUUUUUUCAUACUAGCUAGUUAUAAAAGAUAGUUUAACUAGACCAUUGAGUAACAAUAUUUUAUAGGUUGCUUUGGCUUGAUAUGUGCAGUAUGUAUAUGUGAAGGUGCUUUGUAUGUGUAUGCAAAAACUGAAUAACAUUCUUUGCAUGCAUUUGUGUCUUAGUCACUGUUCUUUCUGCACCACAGGGUAUAUAUUGUCCAUAAGUCUCUUCAGAAUCGUGUACAAGUGCUGCCGUAAGUGCUAUUCUUAGACUUUUCCAUAAUCCAACAGUAUUAGAAUCAGGAACAGCGUACAAACAUUGUCCUUAUUGCCCCCCUCCCUUCAUUUUAUCAUGUGCAGGAUUCUACAACCUCUGAAGUUGUAUGAAAUUUUUAUAAAAGAAAUGCAGUAAGUUAUUGUUGAAACAUUAUUUUGCCAUUUGAUAUAGAAUAUUUUUCUGUUGUAAACUACUCAGUUUUAUUUUUCUGUCAAGAGAUUUAAAGUAAACCAUAUUUUAUGAAUAUAUACGUAAUUUUGUUUGAAAUGAGCUGAAUCAUAAGCUCAGUGUUAAACCAUAUUUGUGUUAACUUUCUGAGAAUUUUCCUUUUUUUUUAUAAGAGAGAAGCACAACACCUUUCCUUUGUAUCCCUCCGUCCAUUUGUAAUGUUUUGUUUUUUCCACUCCAUUCAGAAACAUAGUACUGCAGAUAUAAUAAUCUUUUUUUCAUCAUCAACAAAAUUUAGAGCCUAAGAUUCUAAGUGCAUGCAGGCCUUUCAUGUGUCCUUUGAAAUGUACACGGUUGGCUAAAAUAAUGAAGAGGUGUUGAUACGUAUAUAAUACUUCCCCUUUAAAUUUAUGCACCUAUUGCUUUGAAUGCUAUGUGUUUUGUGGAAGCAUGUAUGUAGUACCAGUAUGGGCUACAGUAUUUAUUGGUAAAAUUUUUGCAUUCUUAAAGAAUAUUUUUGAGGUUCAUGUCGUGCACCAAAACUAGAUGUAACCUCAAUAAUCCAUGUGGGAAAUGCAUUGAAAAACAAAAUGAGCAUCUGCCUUUAGUGUUAUUGAUAGCACACAAUAUAGAUAACUUAGUUGAUGAUCUAAUCCUUGUUAUGUGUAUAUUACUGAAAGAAGAGUUUAAAUCAUUCAGGACAGCCCUCUGAGAAGUCCACUUAUUGGCUAAGUAGUCAGGUUGAAAUACAUGAUAAUAUGGCUUAUGGAGAUUGAAGAUUGUAUGAACAUUAUUCAUCCGGAGAUGUGCAUUUGUAAGUUUAGUUGGAAUUAUCCCCCUCUACAAAAAUUUUCCAUAGUCAUGUUACUAGAAGCGUCUGUAUCGCCAAAUAAACCUAUAUAGAAAGGUGAUUGUUACAUGAACUUGCCAUGUUGUAUGAUGCAUUAUUAUGCAUCAUACAGCAUGGCAGAGUGGGAUUUACGCAAUUAGCCAUACUUGUGAUUUUAGCAACAUGAGUUUUGAGAGUGUAGUAACAGGAUAAUAGAUUUUUUAUUAGAGCACUGUUCUUCUUGGAAUGUUGAUUAAUUCAAAUGGGUCUUUAAGGAGUUGUCAAGUAAGGUGUAAGCAUUUCUUCCAUAUGGGUUAACUUGGAAUCUGUAUGCUAGUGAUUUUUUUUCUAACUUUGAACUACACACCAUAUAUUAUUAAAUUGGUACUUGGAGGAAUGUCAAAUUUGGUGUAGUUGUGCCUAUAAGUAGAGUUGACUGAAAUUUUCUUGUAAAAUGUCAGUCAUGAUUAAUAAGGUUAAUCCUUUUGUUUGUUUCGUAUAUUUGGGAAUUUUUAUACAAUGGCCACAAUUGCAGUCUUGUAGUUGCUUGUACAGCAUUUUAAAUUAAUUCUCUAUAUCCAGUCUUUUUCUUGAAUUAUGAGUGAUUUAUGAAGCUCUCCAGUUUUUUACUUGAAAUCUGUAGACUCCUGUAAAAUGUAGUUGUUUGUUUUCUGAGAUGAUGUUUUGUUUGUAAUAGAAUUUCACCUGCUUUUACUGAAAAAAAUGAGCAUAUUCUAUUGUGCAGGCAUAGAGGAGUUACAGUUCUUCCUGGGAGUUGAAUAUUUAGCAGUCUUUGACUAAGUUAUCGAUAAUUUGUAAUUACAGUGUCUAACAAGCAGUAUAUUAAAUAAGAAAAUUUAUCAUUGCAUGACAGUGGAAGAAAAGUCCUUUUCUUUGAUUCAGCUUCAUUAGCCUGGCAAAUCAAAAUUAUAGCCUAAAAUGGUACUUGAGCAUAAUUUUUUUUUUUUCAUAGGCCUCUCCAUAAUAUUUUUUCUGUAAGGGAACAGUUUCUUGCAUCUUUUCCAUUUGUUUUCUUAAUGUAUUUACAAAACUAUUAACUGCAAUGUGUUACACUUGAGCAUAAAUUGAUAUGAACUACUGAAAAGUUUGGUUUAUCAGGCAGACUAUCUGGUCUGUUCAAAUAUUUUGUUGCUGUAUAUAAUAAAUCAGUUGCUAAACAAGUUUUCAUGAACUGCAGUAAUAUUUUCCAUAUUCAGAAAUAAAUUUUUGGGGGGGAGUUUUGUUUGGUUAAAAUUAAGUAUUAGUACAUGAAUGGUGUUGGGGUUUUAUUUGUAAUUGAUGAAGUAAAUGCCACUGUACAUGCUACAGUUCCACAUAGCAUGUUUCAUUGCAAUAAAGAUUGCCUGAUUGGAAAUAUCAUAAGUAUCUUGAAGCAUUGUUUGUCUGUCUUGUGAAUUUAACAAAAUUAUGUAUAUUAGAAAUUGAAAGAUCUACUACUUUUCUCUUUUAAUGUGAAAUCAGAACCAAGUCAUUUUUGUAGAUACAGGAAUUACAAUGUAAAAUAUAUUGCUGAUUAUGGAAAGUCUUGGUCAACAAAAAUGCUGAGAUUUAUAUUUUGGAGCAUAGGUGAUAUCCAUGAGUAAACUUGGAUGUAAGCGGUAAAGCUGCAAGGUAUGUUUAUUUUAAGGUUAUAUUUAUAGGGACUAUUUAAUGAAGUAGAACUUCUAGAAAUGUCUAACAUGGAUCAGUUUUUCCUUUUGAAUACCAUUCGCAUUAAAUAAAGGGGAGCAAUGUUGAGUAUAAUAAAUGCAACAUUUGUUAGUGAAGGUCUUUAUGUAAUAUCUAUUUUAUUUUUUAAGGUUGUAUAACUUAGCUAACUAUAAUACACUGUACUGUAUAUUAUUCAGUAGUUUGUGAAUAUAUGUUUGUUUCAUAGCCAGAACUGGAUUUGAUUGCUUGCAUGAAUCUUUGAAGUUCUUGUAAAGAUAAUAAUCGAUAAGAGUUUUAUUUAAUGUAUGUACAGUUCUUAAAAUAAUUUUCAUAUUUGAAGGCUAUCAUUGGACUCAGUAAUUUUUACCCCCAUAACAUUUCCUCAGUAUGUUGUAGCAAAAUUAAAGGCACAAUAAAUAUUGGUCCCAAAAACUACAUGUUAUCCAUUAUCGAUAUCUGAUGUUUUUACCACUUUCACAUAAUUUUAUUUGAGUUUUGCUAUAUUUUCCCCACUCUUUAGUAAUGACAGUUAACAUUUGGGUACUAUAGAUAAAAUUAUACUUUUAUCUUUAAGUUACAAUUAAAUCUCCUUUCUUUAUCCUUUCUGUGUAGACUAUUAGUGAUCUAAGUGUGCUGACCAUUGGAUUUUACAAUUUUCACCCCUGCCAUUUCUCCUUUUUAGUAAGUUUUAGACACCAGUGAUUGGGUGCCAUGUAAAUAGUGUAGGUUUAUUUUCAGAAUAAUGAUCUGUGAUUCAGAAUACGGUUCCUCAAAAUUGGAAGGUUGCAUAUUUAAAAUAUAUCUUGAAGCUGUGUACUGAUCUUUAUAUGCAGUGCAGUAGUUCCAUUCUUUCAUGCUACCUUCUUGUGAUGUCAUUUCUUUAUUCUUUGAAUUGCUGUGUAAUAGUAGAGUAAUCAUAGAUAACACUGACAAGUAUUUUAGGUUACUUUAAAGGUGUACUUCAGAUGAUAUACAAUGUUUUUAUUCUCUCUCUAUUUUUGUGUAUUUGUGUAAUUUCUUUUGAGAUCUGAUUUAGCGAGAUGUGGGUGGAGAGAAUUAAUCUCCCAUUCAUUUCUUCUCCCACAUUCUUCACAUGGCUGUGCUGAAAAGCAAAGAGGAAAUUCAGGGAUGCUAACAUGAAUUGCUGUUUGCUGAAAGAUGUUUGUCAGGUAUUUUUUUGUUAUUUUUAAGAAUAUAUAUUUUUCUUAAUUCAGAAUUGGUGAAAUUUGUUUAUUUAAUUUCAUAUAUAUUUUUUUUAUGAGGCAUAGGUUGAGGUUACAUGGCAGAUUUCUUAACCAAAUUUUUGCUUGAAAUCUUUUAUUUGUCAACACAGGCAAGGUCUAGUGAUAAUUCCCCUGGUUGUAUAACUUUUCAACAUAGGUUGUGUUUAAGGGAAGGAAGGGUGUAGAAUGCCUGCCUGACAUUGGAAGUGUCCUUCAGCAGGAGAUCUUUCUUGUGUAACCUGAUCCUCAUUUGUUUUUUUAAUGAACUAAAAUUUCACAAAGUGGUUUGGGGUCAGUUUGUGACUUACAACUGAACAUUUGAUGAGGUAAGAUGUUUUGUAGUUAUGGUCUUUAGUAAUGUGUAAUUUUCUCUUUGAGAGACUUAAGGGAUUUAGAUUCUAUGAAUAUCUCUUUGCAGGUCAAUUGAAGAGAAUGCCUUGUAACAUAGACCUGAUUGAUUCUAAUGGGCAUAGGUAUUUAAGGUAAAAGUUUAAUUUAAUCUCAAAAGUUUGAGUCAUAUGCAACUAACUACACACUUGAUAUGAAUUUUAAGAUGAGUACCAAAUAGUAAUAUCUUGUGCUUUGCAUUGUAUAUUGGAUCCCCACAAUAUGUUUGUUUUUGAUUAAAAGUUUAUUUGACAAUAUAUUUAAAAUCAA